AGCUUAGCUUAAGGAAUAUUUCUCAAAUAGUUUUCUAUUUUUUCAUAUAAUUUAUUUUCUUUCAUUUUUCCUCUCUACCAACUGAACCCAAAAGUGUUGAACUUUAUUUUUGUUGGGUGGAGCCUGGCGCCUGCAAUUCUCAGAAAAUGCCACACCGCCUCUUCUAUUCAAUCGAGGACCUCGUAUUGAUCUCCCAUGGAAGCCCUCUAGCUUAAGCUUUUUGUCCAACAUAAAAGGAGAUAGUGGAUCAAAACAUCAUUUUUUUUCACGGCCAAACGCUGCCUCUCCCUCCCUCUCUCUCUCAUUCUCUCUCUCUCUCUCUCUCUCUCUCUCUCUCUCUCUCUGCUGCCUGCCUUGUGUUUUUCCUCCCUUUUGUUCUAAAGUAAAUUGCUUUUUCAUUUCUCACCCAAAAUUACAUUUUGGGUAGUUUUGUGGAUACCAUGACCUUCUCCUCUGCUCCUCUCAUUUGCUAAAAAGUGUCUCUCUCUGGUUUUUACAAGCACACCCAGAAGCUCCAAAACAGGGUCUACCAUGCUGAAGCAAAUCCUAAGCAAACUUCCUCGCAAGUCAUCAAAGUCUGAUUCACUAGAUUCUAUAGGGAGUGAUUCUGGCAGCAAUACUUCCAAUUUGGGGAGUGGGUUCCCAUGUACAAUUGGUGGGAGUUCUCUUACAAGCAAAUUAAAUGUUGUCAAGCGGGUGUCUUCAGCAGUUUUCCCAUCAAGCAUUGCAGCCGGAGCUGAGGCAGUGGAGCCCCAUCUAUCCUUCAAGGAGGUUUCAAACCCACAGAAGCAUAAUCUAUUUAUCAGCAAGCUGAACCUUUGCUGUGAGUUUGUCGAUUCCAGCGAUCCAGUUAAGCAAGAUCUCAAACGUGAAACAUUGAUAGAACUUGUUGAUUAUGUUUCUUCUGGGACUGUGAAGUUCACUGAACCAGCAAUUUCUGCAGUGUGUAAAAUGUGUGCAGUCAACCUGUUUAGAGUUUUCCCACCUAAGUAUCGAUCUAAUUUUACUGGGGGUGAAACAGAAGAUGAAGAACCAAUGUUUGAUCCUGCUUGGUCAUAUCUGCAAAUUGUGUAUGAUCUUCUGGUUCGGUUUAUCAGUUAUAGUUCACUUGAUGUAAAGGUGGCAAAAAAGCAUGUGGAUCAAUCUUUUAUUGUAAAAUUACUUGACCUCUUUGACUCUGAGGACCCAAGAGAAAGAGAUUGUUUGAAAACCAUUCUGCAUAGGAUUUAUGGAAAGUUCAUGGUACACAGGCCAUUUAUUCGGAAAGCUGUCAGCAAUAUCAUAUAUCGUUUUGUUUUCGAAACUGAAAGGCAUAAUGGAAUUUCUGAGCUGUUGGAGAUUUUUGGAAGUGUAAUUAGUGGGUUUGCUUUGCCACUGAAGGAGGAACACAAGAUAUUUUUGUGGAGGGCUCUGAUUCCUCUACACAAACCAAAGUCCGUGGGUAUUUAUCAUCAGCAGUUGACAUAUUGUGUUGUACAGUUUAUAGAUAAGGAUCCGAAAUUGGCGAGUACUGUAAUAAAGGGGUUGUUGAAGUACUGGCCUGUAACAAAUAGCCAGAAGGAGUUGAUGUUUUUAAGCGAGUUAGAAGAGGUUUUGGAAAUGACUAGCAUGGAUGAGUUUCAAAGGGUCAUGGUUCCCCUGUUCCGGCGGAUAAGAUGCUGCCUCAAUAGUUUUCAUUACCAGGUGGCUGAACGAGCCCACUUGCUGUGGAACAAUGAACACAUCCUUAACCUUGUCGCACAUAACCGCCAGGUGAUCUUGCCGCUUGUCUUCCCAGCUAUUGAGCGAAACACCCAACACCACUGGAAUCAAGCAGUGCUGAACCUGACCCUGAAUGUGAAGAAGACAUUUUGCGAUAUGGAUGAGGAGCUGGUAAUUGCCUGCCAAUGUAAGUUGGAGGAGGAAAAUUUAAGGUCAAGCGCUGCAGCUGAGAAGCGAAGGUUAACAUGGGAACGCUUGGAAACUGCGGCUGGGGUCCAACCUGUAGCCUGUAACUUUUUAUCUCCCAUGAAACCUCCUGCUUACCCUGUUGUCUGCUAAUUUCUCAAGUAACGGAACUUGGCAUGCAUAGUUUGACAGCUCUAAUAGGGUAUCAAAAUUUGGUUCUGAACUGGACCAGAGAUAACAAAUGGUGCAGAUUGUGUUAGUGCUUGGAUGUUGUACUUCUGAGUUGUAUUGAUAGAUGAUCCCGCUGCGCUGAAGAUUCGUUAAAGGACCGUUUUGCUUGCCGUGUGUUAUGUUUGUUGACACAUCUUGUAUCUUUACAGAAGGGUUGGUUUGUUGUGGCCUAUCUUUUGUAAGUUGUAUUUUUUCUGUCUCCCUGUUGAGUAGAUAGUGAUCAUGUUUAAAGCCAUCCGCUUUGCAAUGUCAAGAAUUUGUAUAGCUAAAUUAAUGCCCCCCCCAUUUCAUAUUUUUUAUUUUGGGUUUUUUUUUUUUUUUGGACAAACAUGUUUGACCUUGGCUAGCAUGGAUUCACAUGUACUAGGUGAAGUUCAUAAAUCUAAAUGUUGUUGAUAUGAUGACUUUUGGAACAA